GUCACGCCCCUCCCAUGAUCUGUCAGAUUCAAGAUGGCUGCUGGGGACUACAGCGGCAGGCCUCCCUCCUUACAUUUCUCCUGCCCAGGGCCUUUGGGAAAUGGCCAGCCCAGCAACAGUGGUUAUUCAAUGCCGACGUCCAACGGUGGGCCCACUGGUGCGACCGGAGGGGUUCAGGGGCCUGCAAGGCGCCCCAACCCGCAGUCGGGGCCUGGCGGAGGCGAAAGCGCCGGUGUUGCAGCUGGAACUCAACCGACUGUGCAGAACUCGAUUCAGCAAGCGUCAGCUCAAAGCGCUGCGGCAAGGGGGGGCUCCGGAGCAACGGCUGCGAGUGUUCCAGGAACCCAUUCCUCACUGUCGUCAGCACCACCGGCCGCUGAUGUUGUGGUUUACCGGGAGCCCGUGUACAACUGGCAGGCGACGAAAAGCACCGUAAAGGAACGGUUUGCUUUCCUGUUCAAUAAUGAGGUUCUGAGUGACGUUCAUUUUCUGGUGGGGAAAGGUAUGGGAGUGCAACGAAUACCCGCACACAGAUUCGUUCUCGCUGUGGGCAGCGCAGUCUUCGAUGCCAUGUUCAACGGGGGUAUGGCGACCACCUCAACGGAAAUCGAUUUGCCAGAUGUCGAACCUGCAGCCUUUCUAGCAUUACUGAAGUUCCUGUACUCUGAUGAGGUCCAAAUAGGGCCUGAGACGGUGAUGACCACUCUGUACACAGCUAAGAAGUAUGCAGUGCCAUCCCUGGAGGCCCACUGUGUGGAAUUCCUCAAGAAGAACCUGCGGGCAGACAAUGCCUUCAUGCUGCUCACUCAGGCUCGACUUUUCGAUGAGCCCCAGCUUGCCAGCUUGUGUCUAGAGAACAUCGACAAGAAUACCGGAGAUGCGCUCGCAGCUGAGGGUUUCACUGACAUAGAUCUGGAUACUUUAGUAGCUGUGCUGGAGCGGGACACUCUGGGGGUGAGGGAGGUGCGUUUAUUUGUUGCGGCGGUACGCUGGGCAGAGGCAGAGGCCCACCGGCAGCAGCUACAGCCCACCCCAGAGAACAAACGCAGGGUCCUGGGCAAGGCCCUCGCCCUCAUCCGCUUCCCACUCAUGACUAUCGAGGAGUUUGCCGCAGGACCGGCCCAGUCCAGUAUCCUGACAGACAGUGAGGUGGUGAGUCUGUUCCUUCACUUCACGGUGAACCCAAAGCCCCGCGUAGAGUUCAUCGACCGGCCUCGCUGCUGCCUACGGGGGAAGGAGUGCAGCAUCACACGCUUCGGACAGGUGGAGAGCCGCUGGGGCUACAGUGGGACCAGUGACCGUAUACGGUUUUCAGUGAACAGGAGGAUCUUCGUGGUGGGCUUUGGCCUCUACGGCUCCAUACACGGCCCCACAGACUACCAAGUCAACAUCCAGGCACUGCCCACCUUAACUAACCAAAUCAGUCAAUCAUAUUUGAUUUAUAUAGACAGAAUACAUUGGAACAAAGACUCCCUUCCCUCUCUGAUCAUUCACACAGAUAGUAACACAGUGCUGGGUCAGAACGACACAGGCUUCAGCUGUGAUGGCUCAUCCAACACCUUCAGAGUCAUGUUCAAGGACCCGGUGGAGAUCCUACCCAACGUCAACUACACAGCCUGCGCCACACUCAAGGGUCCUGACUCUCACUAUGGGACCAAAGGAAUGCGUAAGGUGACUCACGAGUCGUCCUCCACUGGCACCAAGACAUGCUUCACCUUCUGCUACGCUGCGGGCAACAACAACGGCACCUCAGUAGAAGACGGACAGAUCCCCGAAGUCAUCUUCUAUACCUAGACCUGAGGGCUCAGGGUCACUGGACUGCUGAGACUCUGGCCGUUUGAAUAUGUAACAAAUGCCCAUCAACAAUUGGAGCAUGUUCUCUCUCAACUCCCACUGGGCCUCUAUACUGGUCAGAACUAUUGACUAACUUGGGAAAAGGAGAGCUUGAGAUGUAUUUACAGAACCACCCCUUAUGGUCUGUAGCUAAAUUCAUGUGGGAGUGAGAUGCAUCCAGCUACUCCAAUGUAUAUAUGAACAACAUACUGUUACACUACCAAUUAGGAUCCAUCUGCUUGAUCUGUGACACUAACAAAACAGGGGAAAUAUCUUUAACCGUCAGGUCUCCAUAUUCAAAAUGUUGCCUUUACAGGAUGUCAGGUGCAGAAU